AUGUCGAUGAAACGGUUCGGAAAAGCGGCGUAUCGCAUUGCGAAUGAGGUAAUUGCUGUUUGACUGACUUUUACAUCAAAAACGUAUUUCAGCUGGUCGCCCGUAGCGGCCGAACUUCUUUGCUCUUCCAACGCUUCUGGCCGCGAAUCUUCCCGGCCACGUACAAUUUGGGUGUCCACGUGGCACUGCGGAAGGCGCCCGUUCCCGCCAGAGCCACCCUUCGAAUCGCCCGUCUCGCAGCCCGAAACGGACGCUUUUUCCGGCCGUUCUCCUCUCUGAUCAUCGAGAGGAAUCGCAUUUUCGAACGGAGAAACGAGGAAAAGUGGCGGCGGUUCCGGCCAAUUCGGCAGGAACAGAAAUCGAUUGAUUUGGUGGAGAGAAUUAAAGAAUUAUUCGGGAAUUCGGUCAGAUAUAAUGAGGAUCUGCGCAAGACCAACAUGCCCGGCUGCAUUGACUCCUACGAGUUUGGUAAGCGAUUUUCUAUUGAGAUUUUUGAAUUUUUAAUGAAAUCUACGUUUUCAGGUUAUUUUUACGUUCAAAAUCGACAAUUUUUCAAUUUUUAGGCGAAUUUCUGGGCCAAGGGUGCAAUGCGGCGGUGUACUCGGCCAAAUUGGCGGAUUCCGAAACACCGACGUCUUCGCUGGGCGUCGGGUUCAACGAAGUCAGCGAUAUAUUGGCAGAAGUGCCGCACGUCUCCAAAGUUGUGCAAAAAGUGAGCAUUUAACUGCAGUUUUGGAAAUUUUAUCGAAAAAUCGAUAAAAUUGCAGACGUAUCCGCUGGCGAUCAAGCUAAUGUUCAAUUUCGAGCACGACCGCCUCGGCGACGACCAUUUGUGGCGUUCGAUGGGAAACGAGCUGGCUCCGUACCCGGCGGCGGCGAAAUUACUGAACGGACGGAUGGGAACGUUCCGUCCGCUGCCCGCAAAACAUCCGAACGUCGUCAGAAUCAUGACGGCGUUUGUCGACUCACUGAAAGUGCUGCCCGAUGCGUUGGAGAGGUAAGAAUGAUGCAAAACUAUUAUAGUUGGACAACUACUAUAGUUCGAGUUGAAAGGUGCUUCAUAUCAAACUUGGAUCGCUUUGAUAUAAAGUACUUUCAACCUGAACACGUUUUAGUUGUGCUGUAAUAGUAGAAUGGACAGAAUGGGACUGGACAGUUGAACGCCAUGAAUUUAUAGGACCUCUAAUUCGAUUAUUGUGCAAAUCCAAGUGACAAAGAAAAUCACGGUACCUAAAACGGUCGGAAAAGUGGGCAUAUGAACAACAAUAGUUAUUGUUACUAUUUUUAUUAGAUUAGGCCGGGGCGCAUUGGGAAAAUACGGAAAAUACGGGAAAAUCAUGCCAGGACCGGGAUUUUGGACGCACUUACUAUUGCCAAUUAACCAAUGGGACCGUAAUUUUGCAUAUUAGUUUAAAGCAACUUACUCAAAGUUACGGUUCAAUAGUAAGUGGUCCAAAGUCCAGGCCCCGGCCUAAUUCAACCGUAUUUUCCGAAUGCGCCCGGCCUAAUAUAACAAAAAUUGUAACAAUAACAGUUGUUGUUCAUAUGCCCAGUUUUACGGAACCUCGUGACUUUCUUUGUCACCUAGAAAACAUGGAUUUGCACAAUAAUCUAAUUAGCGGUUCCUAUAAAUUCAUAGCGCUCAACUGCACACUGUCAUUUUGUCCAUUAGCUCUAUUCAGCUACUAUUAUAGCACAACUAAAAUGUGUUCAGGCUGAACAGCACUUUCUAUCAAAGGGAUCGAAGCCUGUUUGGAUAGGAAGUGCCCUUCAUCCAGAACUAGAAUAGUUGUAGAUUUUUAUGGGGAAAAACGGUUGUUUUCAAGAUACCCGGACGCUUUGCACACCGCCCGCUGGUACGAAUCGAUCGCCGCGUCGCCGAAAACAAUGUACGUGGUGAUGCGUCGAUACCGGCAGACUCUUCACGAAUACGUGUGGAGCCACCAUCGCAACUACUGGACCGGACGGAUCCUGAUGGCCCAACUGCUCGAGGCGUGCACCUAUCUGCACGAACAUCACGUCGCGCAGCGAGACAUGAAAAGCGACAAUAUUCUGUUGCAAUACGACUUCGAGGACGAGAUUCCGCAGCUGGUCGUCGCCGAUUUCGGGUGCGCACUGGCCGCCGGCGACUGGCUAGUCGAAUAUGACAGCGAUGACGUCAGUAUGGGCGGGAACACGAAGACGCGGGCGCCAGAGAUUUGCACUGCAAAGCCCGGGAAGGAUGUGUGAGUUUGGAUGGAACUGGGCGAAAUGAGCUUCAAACAUGAUCAAAGUUCUGAGUAGAACAACAUGUCAGACUGUAGAUCUCGAUGAGUUCUACGAAUGUGACAGCAAUUGUUUUUUCCGUAGCGCGGGCCGACCUAGAAACCGGCUAGUUUGCUGUCACAUUUGUAGAACUCAUCGUUGUUCCACUCACAACUUUGAUUUAGAAGCGAAUUAUCAGCCGGGCCAAAAUCUUAUGGCGCCGCAAUCUAGACCUUUCUGACUUUAACCGAACCGUAACGGGUUGCUUCCACUCAUUUGAACCCACUAGGCCACCUGAACAUUUUUUGAAAAUUGUUGUUAUCGGUUUUUUAUGGUUGCCGCUGGUUCAGAAAAUUCAAUCCGAUCGCCAGAUCGGAACAAUGUUUUAGCGUUUCUUAAACAUCCAGCACCCGUGCUAAUUUACCUUUCAAAAACUCCUACUUUUUGCAGAAAACUCAAUUUCGAGAUGGCGGACACGUGGGCCGCCGGUGGUCUCUGCUACGAGAUCCUGACCCGAUCCAAUCCGUUCUACAAAUGCCUCGACUCUGCGACGUACGCGCACUCGGACCUUCCCGCCCUGCCCGCCCGCGUACAUUUCGUCGCCCGCGACGUCAUCCGGGACCUGCUGAAGCGGGAUCCAGCGGAGAGAGUUCGGCCGAAAAUCGCCGCCAACGCACUCAAUUUGUCGCUUUUCCGGCUCGGCGACGACGUUCGCGAAAUGAUGGAAAAGUGCGGGGUGUCUCAGUUGACCACACUUCUUGCGGGCACCUCCAAGCAGCUGGGCGAGAAAGGUAAAAGAAAACUAGCACGGCGGCAGAAAAUUGAAAAAAGGGCGCGGCCAUCCGUAAAGUUAAUGAUUGCGCUUAUUCUGGGCUUUAAAUGAGCAGAUUUCAUCACGAAAUGCCAAAGUUGAAGUGAUUUCUUGAUCAUCGUUUUCGACACUCAUUUCAUCGGAUAACUGUUGAGUUCGUUGCGAAAUAUGCGAAAACACGUCUCAAGCGUUGCAUUUUCACGAAAGUUUUCGAAAACCGCAAACCACGCCCUCUUUUUUAACGUUUGGUCGCCGUGUCUACAGAAACUUGAGAAAGAAUACUCAACUUGCGACUUUUAGUGAACAUCGGCCUGGACAAAGUGAUGAGUCUGAUCACAGCGGAAACGAUAGUCGCCUCGCUGGCGCCCCAUCUGAUCAGCCGCGCCGAACGCCAGCUCCGUGCCACGUUUCUCGCGAGAAUCGACCGGAAUGAAAUCUGGACGAGUCUCGCCUACUUUUUCCCGGCCGACGGAAAGAUUUACGAGAAUUCUAUGGAUUCCGGCUCGAUCGCCAGUCUCGUCUCCACGUUUUCCGGCGGCGAAAUUUCGACGAAUUCGGAGAAAAGGGGAGAGCCGAAAAAGAAUGGAUUUCACAAUUCGACGGCGAUUUUGAAAAAUGUGAUUCGCUCGGAUUCCGAUGGAAUUAACGGAAUUGUACAUAGAAUUCGCUCCAAAUAAUUCUUAAAAUAUAUUGCAGAUUUUCCGAUGAACUUAAAAUAUUGUGCGCAAUUUUCUGUACCUUCCACAUUUUUUGCAGAUUUGUCCUGUAAUUUUCCGGCAAAAAAUGCAAAGACGCUCCAUUGAGAAUAGUUGAUUUUUCGCUAGCUUUUCCAUAAAAAUAGUACAAUGUCCUCUCUGUUUUCCUCUGUAAUUUCUUUUCUCUAUUGCCAGUUUUUUAUGUACGGUUUUGCCCAAAUGCCCACCUCACAGCUUUGUUUUAUUGGUUUUGAACUGAAAAAAGUGUUUUUCGGUUGAUUUUUGAUUUGCAACGGUUUUUCAGCCGCUUUUCGUAUAUCGUUGAUUUUUUGUGCUGAAUAAUUGCGAAAUGGUCAAUUAUUUAAAUUUUUAGGUGCAUGAGCAGUCUGUACGUGCCAUUAGUGUUGCGGCUCGAAGUGAAAGAGCCGACGCGAAUUUUGCAGUCUUUUCAGGACGAUUCUAAAGCCGGUGAGCGAUUUUUCGCACUUUUCUUCAAAUGUUUUCAAUACUAUUGUCCAUUUGCCAGGGAGCGAGUCCCCGUUGGCCGGAGAACGAACCCGUCAACGACUGGCGACGAAGCCGCGAAUGUCUCCGCCGAAGAAAGAGGAACGGGCGAAGCGGGGCCGGGAGGGCGAGGCGCCGCCGAUCGGGGCAAGUUCUUCGGAACCGCCCACGCACGGAUACCACAAGGGACGGAGGACGUACUCGGAAGUGGUGGUCGAGUCGCUCGAAGGUCACAGACUCGUCGACUCGACCGCCGGAUCUGUGGCCGGCACUUCGGAGAGAUCCGAGAGAUCCGCUGGCAGAGCUGUCUCCGAGGGACCGCGUUAGUUUUUGCGAGCAUUUAACAGUUUUCUGAAAAAAAUUGACAAUUUCAGCGGACCAAGUGGCGUACUACUCUGGCAAUCCGUUGACGGAGAAAACGGAGGGAAUGAUGCACUUUUACAAAUACAACGACGAGAAACUGACACGGGCGGCGCAGUGCCGCAUGCUGUGCAUGUUCGCCGUGCCCGCAUCGGUCGAAGUGCGCGAUUUGAUAUCGUUCAUGUGCAUUUCCCUGCAGACGAUCGUCAGCAUCAAAGUGGUCCGUGAUGCGGUGCCCAAUCAGUACAUGCUCAUCAUCAAGUUUCGCGAUCACGUACGUCUUUGUGAUUUUUCUAAAAAUAAAAUUUUGUUGUUGCAGAAUGAGACGGUCACUUUCUACGAGGAAUACAAUAAUUGUCCGUUCAACGAUUUGGAGCCCCACCGAUGUACCCUUUUCUUCGUCGAUCGCAUCGAAUGCGUGAGUUUUCAAAUGUUCUCUUCAGAAUGGUGAGCUCGAGCUGCCAUACUUGUGAUUGUACGUCCCGGCCUCUGCAUGGCAACCGUAAUUUUUGGCAUUUUUUUUUAGCAACUUUAACUUAAUUAUUUUAUUCAUCGCAAAAAAAAAACCGGUAAAAAAAAAAAGGUACGGCCGAUUUUCAUUGUUAUUAAAUAGAAAAUGGUCAAUCUGUGUCAGCUGGAGCAUAUCUAGAACCAUACAGACGUUUGAAGCAGAGCAUUUCCAACUUUUUAUACCCUAAUUGACCCCGGAAAUAAUGAAAUUCCUAUGGUGAAAUUGCAGACGACGUCGGACGAGCUGAUGUCUGCGGAGUGCUCCUCGCUGACGGAGCUGCCGACGUGCGCGGUCUGUUUGGAGCGGAUGGACGAGAGUGUGCUGGCGAUACUGUGCAACCACUCGUUCCACGCCCGAUGCCUCGAGCAGUGGGCCGACAACACUUGCCCGGUGUGCCGGUACGUGCAGUCGCCGGAGGAGGUGGCCGAGCAGCGGUGCAACGACUGCGGCAUGAGCAACGAUCUUUGGAUGUGUCUCAUUUGCGGCAACAUAGGCUGCGGCCGCUACGCCGAUCAGCACGCACAGCGGCAUUGGGAACUCACCUCGCACACCUACAGGUGCGGGAAACAUUUGUACUUUUUUCGUCAAAAAAUGCGAGUUUUUUCAGUCUGAAAGUGGGCGGAGAACGAGUCUGGGACUACGCCGGCGACAAUUACGUGCACCGACUCAUCGAGAAUGGGGCCGACGGAAAAAUGGUGGAGUAUCAGCGAGAAAGCAAUACGGUACGUUUUCUCUUAUGCUCCUUUCCAAUCAAAUGAUUUUUGUUGCGUUUUUAGAGUAUGGACGAGAAAAGCAGCGGAAAAGACGACAAACUGGAGGGAAUCAAGUUGGAAUACACUCUUUUGCUGACUAGCCAACUGGAGAAUCAACGAAAGUAUUUCGAGGAGAAACGGACCGAUAUGGAGAGGACCAUGUCGAAGAUGGAGAAGAUCGCCUGUGCGCAGGUAUAUUCGUCUAUAAACUUUUACUUUUCCAAUUUUCAAUGAGUUGCCGAGCCCUUAGUUUUGUCAAAACAUUUCUUUUUCUCAGGUGGAAUCGCUCGAACAUCAACUGGUGGAAAAAGUCGGAGAAGUGAAGAAUCUGAAGGGCGAACUGGACGAGACGGCGGCGGCGAAGAAGGCGGCGGAACGGAAAGCGGCGCAGACGACCGAGAAGGCGACGAAAUUGGCGACGGAGCUGAAGGACGAACGGGAGAUCAAUCAGAUGUUGCGGAAGGAUCAGCAGGUGUGGAAGGAGCACGUCGAGAAGCUCAUCGGCAGUCAGAAAACCGCCAGGACCGAGUAUGAAAAGGUAAGCACUCGCUUUUUGCAGUGAAAGUCCAAAAAAAUCAAAUUCAGAAAAUCGAGGACCUGCAGGCACAAGUCAACGACCUGCUGAUGCAUUUCGAGACGCAGAACAAACUGAAAGAGCAACUGGAAGCGGGAAAUGUCACCCAGGAGGUAGGCUUCGCCCCAUUUUAGCCCAGUUUUCAUCAAAUUAUUGCAGGAAAUCACUGAAAGUCAUUUGGGAGUCAACGAAUCCGAGUCGAAGUCGAAAAAAUCGUCGGCGGCGCAGAAAAAGAAGCGAAAUAAGUGA